AUGUCCACCAAUAGCUUCUCACCCACGCUCCUCCUUCCCACCAAUGAGCCCAAUGAAGUAAAGGAGGCGGUCUAUCGGCGGGCGCAUCUCCCAACCAGAUCUCGGCUACGGCUCUCCAAUGAGUGUGGGCAGCGGGGGCCGGGGGCGGGCCGAGCGGAGCAGCUGUCAGGGGGCGCGCGGUCCGGAGCAGGAGGCGGCGGCGGCGGCGGCCCCGGGAGCGAGUGUCCCUCGGCCGGCCCGAGAUGGUCCGGGGCGUCGUGGGCUGGGGCUGCUUGUGGCUGUGGUGCUCCGCGUGCGUGCUGGCCCACGCACACCCGGUACGAGCAGAUCCAGCUUGUCCCGGCUGACCCCCCGGAGGCCUGUGGAUCACUGAACAACGGGUUUUUCAUCCAGGACCAGAUUGCCUUGGUGGAGCGGGGGGGCUGUUCCUUCCUCUCCAAGACGAGGGUGGUACAGGAACACGGGGGCCGGGCAGUGAUCAUCUCUGACAACGCGGCCGACAAUGACAGCUUCUACGUGGAGAUGAUCCAGGACAGCAGCCACCGCACAGCCGACAUCCCGGCUCUCUUCCUGCUGGGCAGAGAUGGCUACAUGAUCCGCCGCUCCCUGGAACAGCACGGGCUACCCUGGGCCAUCAUCUCCAUCCCGGUCAACGUCACCAGCAUCCCCACGUUUGAACUGUUGCAGCCACCUUGGACAUUUUGGUAGAAGAUGCCGGGCCCCCCCAGCCUCCAGAUUCUGGACUGAGGGAAAGGAGGCACCCGAACCCUGGCCUCUGGUUGAGGCUGGACAGCCCCAGAAGCUGGGGUUAGGCUGAGCGAGGGGGGGGGGGGCUCCCAUCCAUCACUUUGGCUAAGCCAUGCAUCACCCCCUGCCUCGCCCAAGGGCCCACACCUCUGGGAGACGGUGCCCAGAGCUAGGCUAGUCACAGGCUGGGGCACAGGGACCAGGGAGGGGCACGGGGGCAAGCCCCUUCUCUGGCCCCCUGCAUCAAGCACAAUAAAGCCUUGAGAGAUUUUUA